AUGAACUUGGAGAAAACACAAGAAUUGAAAUUGCCUUCUAUUCCAACCUAUUACGAUUCUCAUUCUUUUCAUUACCAUCAAACUUGCGACUUUUGCCCUCAUGAUAAUAAUACUAAAUUGGAUGACAGUUAUGACUAUUACAAUGAACAAUACAAUGCAUAUAUUCAACAACAAGAUCAACCUUUCAAAUAUAAUUACUUGCUUAACUUAUUCUGUACCCCAAAUAUGGCCACUUAUUUGACAGAAGCAAGUAUCACUGACGACGUAUACGCCUUACCUAUUCAUUUACAGCGUUUAAUCAUGGAAGCAAAGGAGGAAGUAUUAUUCGAUAAAACAAAACUUAAUCAACAAGACACAACAACAACAACAACAACAACAACAACAACAACAACAACAACGAAUGGUCUUGCUCUUCAACGUUUGGAACGUGUACGUUCUUUUUGUUGGUUACGUUCUGAUGCUGAUGUUGCCAACCUAAUGUCUAGUGUUGCUGAAUUGGUAGCUGAUGAUGAUGAACUGGAUCAUAUUUUGGUAGACUAG